AUGCUUGAACUGAUAUCUCAAAAAUGGAACAUUGCCGGUCUAGAAGGGUCCCGGAUUCUAUUUGAGCGACUCUUACCAAUUCUUACUUGGAUUAUCGCAUCCCUGAAAGGUAUUCCACUAAAGUUACGGAGAGAAUUGCGCAAAGUUAAAUUGUUUUCGGCGAUUGAGUGUCGCGGUGAUAAAAGAGAUGCCUGCACAUAG